UCAACAUGGCCACUCCCGUAAAUGACAUGUUUUCUUUCUGCACCGAACCUUCCAAAGUUUGCAGUUAUGUGGAGAUUCGAUCAAUCGACAAAAUUAAGGGAAAAGGGCUGUUUGCCCGAAAAGGUAUCCGCAAAGGGGAGACCAUAUUCGUAGAGCGGCCCGUGGUGUGCGCGCAGUUCCUGUGGAAUUCCCUCUACAAGUACAGAGCCUGCGACCACUGCAUGCGGUCGCUGGAAACCGCGGAGGAGAACGCCAGGCGCCUCAGUGGCCUCUCUGGCCUCUCGCUGCCCUACCCAGAUCAGUGCCAAGUGCGUCCUGAGCUGCACCAGUGCUGCCCACAGUGUCAGGUGAUGUACUGUAGUGCCGAGUGCCGGCAAGCCGCUCUGGACCAGUACCAUCGAGUUUUGUGCCUGGGUCCUUCCCGAGAUGACCUGGAGCACCCCAUCAAUAAACUGCAGGAAGCAUGGAGGAACAUGCAUUACCCCCCAGAGACGUCCAGCAUCAUGCUGAUGGCCAGGAUGGUGGCCAGUGUGAAACAGGCGAGAGACAGGAGCCACUGGCUGAAUCUCUUCUCUCACUUCUGCAGCCGCACGGCCAACGAACAGGAGGAAAUGGCGCACAAGCUGCUGGGGGAGAAGUUCCAGGGGCAGUUGGCGUUGUUGCGGAGCCUGUUCAGCUCGGCGCUCUACGACGACCAUCUCAGCCAGUGGUUCAGUCCAGACGGAUUCCGAUCUCUCUUCGCUCUGGUGGGGACCAACGGACAGGGCAUCGGCACCAGCUCCCUCAGUCAGUGGGUCCACGCCUGCGAUGCACUGGAGCUGCCCGGCCAGCAGAGGGAGCAGCUGGACGCUUUCAUUGACCAGCUGUACAAGGACAUCGAGAAAGAGACGGGGGACUUCCUGAAUUGUGAGGGCUCCGGUCUCUUCCUCCUCCAGAGUUCCUGCAACCACAGCUGUGUUCCCAACGCCGAGGCUUCCUUUCCUGAGAACAACUUCCUGCUCCAUCUCACGGCACUCUCUGACAUCAGCCCUGGCGAGGAGAUCUGCAUUAGCUACCUGGACUGCUGUCAGCGGGACCGCAGUCGGCACAGUCGUCUCAAAAUCCUAAGGGAGAACUACCUGUUUGUCUGCUCGUGCCCGAAGUGCAUCUCGCAAGCUGAUGAGCUGGACGUGACCUCGGAGGAAGAGGAUGAUGAAGGUGAGGGCGAAGCGGAGGGAGAUGAGCUGGAGGACGAGAUGACCGAUGUGUAACGGAACGGGACCCUGUCCUCUACUGAGCCCCCCACUGCUGCUGGGAUGCCACCUGGGCUUCCAUCCUUCCCCACCACAGGGGGUACUACCCCUCAAUCCCGGUAGUAUCUCAUCAGAACCUGUCUACAGUACCCAUCCCUGCUCCCCCCCAGGGGCCAUCCACCACACACGGUUACCUAGUGCAGCAGAGCUCGUCUUUGCUCCAGGCCAGCAUGUGUAUGUGCACUGGUGUCUCCUGAUCUCUCCCACCCAUUUCAGAGCACAGGUGCUUUAAUUGUCCUCAGGAUAUAAUUCCUCUUUCCCAGUAUAGCUUGGCCUCCUCUGGUGAAAAUUUUGUUUCCUUAUCCAGUUAAUAUCCUCCAUUUCCUGUUAACUUUGUGCUGCUCCUCUCCUACGACGCUCUGCGACCCCUAACGUGCUGCUCGGUGUCCACAUCGCCCGCUUCCUUCUCCUCUCUUCGGCUUCCUUUAUUCUCACACGGGCUUCUCCAGUGCUGAAUCACACGUGGACCCAGAACAAGGACACAGCAUGCAGCCUCGCAGUAGGAGAGCUGUACCGUAGUAAAAUAGCACUAAUGCUUUGGCACUGCUAGAACAGCACCGCUCAGCACCCAUCGCCCUCUGGAAUGCAGCUGUUCCAAAGUGCCGAGCUGCCCUUCUAAAGGCAUGUUCUACUUUGGCCUGGGAAAAACAUCUCAAGACUUGUCUGCAAAUAAAGACAUUUUCAACUAGCAUUUCAAGGUGAGCUCACAUUUUUACUUUUAUCCAAAUGAUAUUUUUAUUACGCUACAGGCGAAGAUUAUCAGAAAAGUUCUUUAUUUACACUGGGGGGAUCAUUGACUGUAUCAAAGCCCACUUUACAGUGAAGCAAUGCAUAGAAACUUUUGACAUAACAGCUCUAGGCUUCUGUCUGUUAUAUUCAAGCUUAUGCAAAUUCUAUGAAGCUAAAAGAACUGCAGAAGUGGCUGAGUAAAGCAAGUUCUUGGUUGAUGUCUUAUGAGAGAUAAAGAGCUGUCACUGAGCUACAGGCAGCUCACCCUGACUCAGCUUUGGAGACAUGACUGUUCCUUUAUGUAACAUGAGCACAUGUUGUUUAUACACGGCAGUAGCGCACUCUUGGCGUUCCUGGAAGAAACAAACGGAGUAGCACUAGGUGGCGCUGUGGCCGAGGAAAGGUGUUCAUAUUCUGUCAACAGUCACUGCAGCACUUUUGGGUUCUUAGAGAAGGUUUUGGGCUCUGCAGUAAUUACACUGUUACACUUCCACAUACAUUGCUGGUAGCAACUUCUGAAAUAAGUACAGUAUCCUUGGGAUACUUUCCAGUGUAAAACCUCUUUCAUAAAGGUUUGUGAUCAAAGAAGUGUGGCCUGUUAUUUAUUUAACUAACCAACCGUUUCCAAAAUUAAAUGCAGGAACAUCGGGUUCUGUUAAUCUGUAAAUUGUAUUUUUCAUACAAGUACACAGUCCUUUGAUAAGGUCAUUCAGCCCUUUUCUUGCAUCCAUUUGAAGGCAGUAAUAUUCCAUGGAUCCGUUCUCCGAUUGGUUCGAUCUUGGGGCAAAACUGCUAAUUGAGAGCAAUAGUACUACAGCUAACAGCAUUAAUUUGUACAAAAGUUUGACAUUAACAGGUUUAAACCUUAGCCAAAGUGCAUUUUACCCUGUAAAUGGCUUAAUCCUUGCAAAUUUGAC